GGGAGGCGGAGUUUGGGAGAACAACAGCGAGAGUUUCCUGUGAGCGCGCCACCGUUUAUUAAAGACAGCGACGGAAACGCGCACAAGGAGCGCUCCUGGAACGACAGCAUCCCAGCAGUCACUGACUUCAGCACAGCACUCAGACAGAGUAAUGGGAGGUGCAGUGGUGGACGACGGGCCUCCAGGGGUGAAGGCACCGGACGGCGGCUGGGGAUGGGCGGUGUUGGUUGGGUGUUUUGUCAUUACUGGGUUCUCCUACGCCUUCCCCAAAGCUGUCAGCGUCUUCUUCAAGGAGCUGAUCCGAGAGUUCGAUGUCGGCUACAGUGACACUGCCUGGAUCUCAUCAAUACUGCUCGCCAUGCUGUAUGGCACAGGCCCUCUUUGCAGUGUGUUGGUGAACAGAUUUGGCUGUCGACCGGUGAUGAUGGUUGGAGGGCUCUUCGCUUCACUGGGAAUGAUUCUGGCUUCAUUUGCUAAGAGCAUCAUUCACAUAUACCUCUGCACUGGCGUUAUUACAGGUCUGGGUCUGGCAUUGAACUUCCAGCCCUCUCUUAUUAUGCUGAAUCGCUACUUCAGUGAGAAACGUCCUCUAGCCAACGGCCUGGCAGCAGCCGGCAGCCCUGUCGCACUGUGCUGCCUCUCCCCACUGGGACAGGUUCUCCAGUACCAGUAUGGCUGGAGGGGGGGCUUCCUCAUACUGGGAGGGAUGCUGCUCAACUGCUGUGCCUGUGGUGCCCUCAUGAGGCCGCUGUUGCCCCCUAAAAAGCCUCUCGAGCUGGAAGAGAAUGCUCCCAAAGCUGAAGACAAGCCCCAGGCAAAGAAGAAACUGCUGGACUUCAGCGUGUUCAAGGACAGAGGUUUUGUCAUCUAUACCACAGCAGCAUCUAUCAUGGUGCUGGGCUUGUUUGUUCCACCUGUGUUUGUCGUCAACUACGCCAAAGGCCUCGGCUAUGAGGACACUAAGUCAGCAUUGCUGCUCACCAUCUUGGGAUUUGUUGAUAUGUUUGCCCGGCCUGCAUCAGGACUCAUCGCAGGCAUGAAGUGGGUACGGCCCAGAUGUGUCUACCUGUUCAGCUUCGCUAUGAUCUUCAAUGGAGUCACGGACCUCGUAGGAUCACAGGCAGAUAACUAUGUAGGUCUGGUGGUCUUCUGUAUCUUCUUUGGAAUUUCAUACGGCAUGGUGGGAGCACUCCAGUUUGAGGUCCUCAUGGCUAUUGUAGGGACAGAGAAGUUUUCCAGUGCCAUCGGCCUGGUGCUGCUGAUGGAAGCUAUUGCUGUACUGGUGGGACCUCCUGGUGCAGGUCGCCUCUUGGACGCUACACACAAGUACAUGUAUGUGUUCCUGUUGGCUGGCUGUGAGGUCACGCUGUCAGCCAUCGUCAUCGCCUUGGGUAAUUUCUUCUGCAUUAAAAGGAAACAGGAAGAUGUAGGUUCAAAGAUGGAGAUGGCUGUGACAGCUGCAGAGAAAGUGGGGCUCAACGGCGGGGUGGAGUGCGAGGGAGAUGAUGAAGCCCAAGAGGAGUCAAAGGGAAAAGAGAAUGGACGCCCCAAGGCUUUAAAUGGGGGAGGAGAUGUGGUGAUGAUGGAGGAGGUCGGGGAGAAUUCUGAAUUAUGAAGAACAAGACUGUUGAUGAGAAGAGAUGAACUGUGCAUCUAGUGGAUACACAAAAACGACUGAUGAUCAUCUGUGGCAAGGAGCCACAAAGAAAGAGUGCUGGUAUACCUGCAGAGGAAAUGUAUUUAAUGAGUCCAGCAAAAGAGAAUAGAAGCAUAUGGAUUUAAAUAAUAUUCUCAUUCAAUGGUUUUUAAUUAUUUUGUACAUUGUAGAUUAAUACUGAAGACAUCAAAGCUAUAAAAGAAUACGUAUGGAAUUAUGUUGUAAACAAAGAAAGUGCUAAUCUUCAGGAUUAAUCUACAAUGUCGAAAAUAAUACAAAUAAAUAAAAAGCAUUGAAUUUAGGUGUGUCCAAACUUUUGACUGGUAGUGUAGAUAUUAUAGAUUAUUUAUGAUAUAUAUAUAUUUCUGGUCAAUUCUUUGCAGUUGUAUUGUAACUAUUUAUGUAGCUAAUAUCAUUCUGUCGUUUGGGGGGUUGGAUUGAGACAUGUAGCAUAAACUUGAACUUUCUUUUUGGAGCAGAUUAUGGGAAGUUCAUGCCUAUGUGGGCCAGAGUUGUGGCGGCAGAAGAUCCCCCACAAUGUUAGUCAGGUGGUACAGCGUUACGGUCCCACGUUCACACAGAAAUUUCAAAUGUUUGUUGCACUCUUUUGCCUUAUUUAUUGGAACUUUUUAUUGGCAGUCUAUGCAACAACAGGACAACCCACAUUCAAAAGGAGGCUGUAAGAAUUCUUUCAGCAUCCAGGGUGCUCAAGAUGCAACCUUUUAGGUGAUUUAUAAAUGGGAGUUACGCAUCCAUUGCUGCAAUUUAAAGUCAAUCUUUGAUGUGUGUUGUGUGAUUGCUGUGACACUGAAAUGUAUCCAGUUGCUGCCCGUUGCGUAACUGUAGAAUACUUGAACAAACUUGAAUUCUCAGUUGAAGAGAGUACUACCUAAAAUUGUCUUUAGUGCACUGCUUAAUGCAGCAACACUGCAUCACAGACCAACACUGGACAGCAGCAUAGCCUGCUUAGCUGAAGAAAGAACACACCUGCUGCAUUUCCACUGCUUUUGUUGUGAUGCCUCUUUCGCCUGAAUAAAUACAUGUUCUGAGGUGAAA